AUGGUCACGGCACUUGUGUCUGUUCUAGGAUCUCUCCCUGACGAUACAAAGGUCUACCCUGGCCACGAAUACACAGCUUCGAACCUCAAGUUCGUCAAAACCGUUCUCAAUAACGAAGCCGUCAGCAAACUCGACAAGUUCACCGCGCAAAACGAACAGACCACCGGAGCCUUCACCAUCGGUGACGAGAAGCAAUACAACCCAUUCAUGAUGGUCGAUUCGCCCGUGAUCAAGAAAGCAGUCGGUCUUGACGACCGGGUCGACGUCAUGCACAAACUCCGCGAGCUCAAGAACAAAAUGUAA